GUCACCCCGCAAGGCGCGCAGCAAGCAACAGCGAAUCCACGUAAUCAACUUCGACGCCACCGGGUGCCACGGCCGCGGCCACGCGCUAUCGUGCAUUGAAUAAGCCGACUUUCCUGAGGCGGAUGUCGUCACAGGUCCCCCUGAACACGGCCAGGGACGCACACUGACCCCCUCCCCCCUGUCUUCCACACCUUCCCUCCACCUGUCGAUGUCUGUACGCUCUCACAGCCACAGUUGUUCCGCGGUGCUAACACGGAGUCAACAAGUACGUGACCACCUUAUUCGGCCAGGACGAGUCUGAAAUUCGAAGAUGGGCAAAUAAGAUCCUUGCCAAGCCCAUUCCUAACGAGGGAAACCUCCAGAAUCGGAGCAACACGUAAAUCAUUCCACAGAUUGGCUGUACAAGACUGACAGCCAUUUGGUGGCAACAUGACACUGAUUCGAAAAAUUCGCGCAACUGUUUGGAAAAAUCCUGCACAAUCCAUCUCCUCUUCCCCCGUCCUGUUGACCCAAGCCUCAAGUGCAUGGACAGGUGUGUCUAACCGCAGAACUAUCUUUUGCGGUAAAGUCUUGUACAGACUCGGACAUCGCCACCCGCACAGUAUUCAUCUGCCCUUCACCGAGAGGACUCUUACCGUGAACACCUGCAAGGACCUUUAUAACGAAUGGCGAGGCAAACCCGGCUACUGGGAAGCCCCUACGAAAGGAUUGAAUGUUCCGCUAAAGUUCGUGUACACCACCCAGGAUCGCAAAGAGAAUGGAGACAGUUCAAAGAGGCCCCUGAUUAUGUUCAUGACUGGAGCUCCGGGGACGUACAAGGACUACUCCUACUCCUUACCUUUCUUUGAGCAGAAUGGUGUUGACAGCCUCGCUUUUACUUGGCCAGACACGGCAUUCAGCCGAAAGACCAACUGCUGGUGGCAUAGCAAGCAAGAGAAAACGCAGCUCGUCUUCGACUUCUUAAAGGCCCUCAAAAUCACAGAACUGGACACGCUGGUGGCUCACAGCAGCGCAUGCUACGUGGCGUUGAACUUGUUCACGUCACACUUCAAGACAAGGUCCCUGGCACUUCUGAAUCCUCCUCCUGUCAAGACACCACGUUGUGUGCUACCCAAAUUUGUUAUAUUCGGCUGCGGACGGCUUUUCCAACAUAAGGACAAGCGAGACCUGGCAUCGUUUCUGCUGAGGACCUCUCUCACUAUGAUGUUGCACCCAGUAAAGAAGGACAUGGACAACGUCUUUCAGAGCGUCCUUGCCAUGAUGUAUGGAGACUCUCCAGAGUAUCGCAAAGACCUGGACACGUUGGUUCAAAUGCGGCUUCCGGCACUCGUGACUAUUAGCGACGACGACAAACUCUUCGAAAUUGGGAAAUCUCUGCGUACACUUAAAGACAUGGGAAGGAAGCCAGAAACCUUCUGGUAUUACGACAAGAACGAAGGAAUCAUUCAAGAAGGCGUGGACGAUUACAUGGAGGUUAUCCGGUUCCAGGGCGGAUCGCACUACACAUUUAGCCGUCAUUCGGACAUUGUGAACGAAGCCAUAUUAGGGAUUCUCCAGAAAGCAUUGGAAAAACAAAAGAAGAUAUUUUGAAGAAUACGUGGUCUCGACAUUAAAAUCUUGCCAGCACGA